CAAAAUUAAAACACGAGGUUAUGUUUGUAUUCCAGAGUUUUAUUGUCUUGGAGACAUUUUUACGCUAAUCGGGUAAAAAUCCAUAGUCUGGUGGUGGUGUCUGGGCGCGACGAUGUCCGAUGGUAAUUCGUCCGCGACUUACGGCUGGGAUACACUCUAGAGAGUGGGAAUGUCUGAUUCAGACGACGAGGGCGUCUGCGAAAGGGCGGAUAAUCGGAUUAAGAUCGUCGUGCUUGGCGAACCGAACGUCGGCAAGACGUGUAUAAUUCGCAAGUACUGCUACGACGAGUUCUCGCGGCACUACGCCCCGACAGCGGGUGCCGACUUUUACAUAAAACGGGUCGAAUUGCCCGGCAAAGGUGAGAUCACCGUGCAAAUUACGGACACCGGUGGGGCCGAGCAAAACACCAAGAUGCUCGAGCAUUACCUCUUCAAAGCGGACAUCGUCUUAUUUGUUUACGACAUCACCAUUUGCUCGAGCUUCGACUCGCUAGCGACCUGGCUGAAAACGAGUGUUGCAAUUUUAAACGCCGGCGAAAGGCGGGUCGUCAUGUCCGUUUUCGGAAACAAAUGCGAUUUGGAACACAAGCGAGGCGUGCGACUGGACAAGACGAAUAGUUUCAUGUACGAGAACCGACUGAGCAACUACUUCCUGUCUGCGAAAACGGGGGAAAAUGUAAACGCGUGCUUCGUCGAGCUGCUGUCGAAGUUUUUCGGCGUGCCGAUGACGUCGCUCGAAAUGGAGAAACAAAUGUCAGUGGUCAAGGCUGAGCUGGUUUCGAAUUCUGCUCCUCCAGCUUCGAAACAUCGAAACAAACCGGCCGGAACUCGAAUCGGUCAAGAUUCGGCGUGUUUGAUUCAAUAAAAAACAUAUUCGCCUGUACUUAAAUGUCGGAGUUGUCGGAUCGCGCGACAGGCGACAAUGAAAUAAAAAACUGUGUUGAUUAUGCGGGACAGUUUUCAAAGAUGAGGGAAAAAGCGGUCGGUAUUUACAGCUGUUGCGCGCGAUGGCGGACGGCCCGACGGUGUACAACUACUCUUUGGGAAAAUUAAGGGCGUCCUUGCUGGGCGGUA